CAGCGAGGGGGCGGAGGGGAAUUUCCCCGGUGAAUUUUAUCAAACUCACGGGGUUCUCUUGCAGCUUUGUAACCAGGACAUUUCAGAGUGAAGACAGAGGUUACACAUCGGAAUCAAUCUGUGGUCUGCAACAGGACCGCGGGGCAAAUGGCCAUGGACGUGCGAUGUCACUUGCCUGUUAUGUCAAGACCUCCCCUUCAAGGUGAACCUUAUGCUGAAAUGGUUGAACAGCCCAAGCCACGUGGUAUGCGUUUCCGAUACAAGUGUGAAGGGCGAUCAGCUGGUAGCAUUCCUGGGGCAAACACCAAGGAUAACAAUAGAACAUAUCCUGCCAUACAGGUUGUGAAUUACUUUGGAAGAGUGAGAGUUUUGGUUACUUUGGUAACAAAGAGCGAACCUUUCAAACCCCAUCCUCACGACUUGGUUGGGAAGGACUGCAAAGACGGGUCCUAUGAAGCUGAGUUCGGCGCUGAACGUAGAAUUUUGUGUUUUCAGAACCUGGGCAUUCAAUGCGUGAAGAGGAAAGAAGUGAAAGAUGCCAUUCUGUUUCGCAUUCAACGCCAACUCAACCCCUUCAAUGUUCCACAGGAAGAGCUGCUUCAGAUCGCAAGCUAUGACCUGAACGUGGUGAGCUUGUGCUUCCAGGUGUUUCUCCCCGAUGAACAUGGCAGCUUCACAAGAGCUCUUCCACCAGUUGUUUCCAACCCUAUAUUUGACAACAGGGCACCAAACACGGCAGAAUUGAAAAUUUGUCGUGUCAAUAAGAACACUGGAACUGUCAAGGGAGGAGAUGAAGUUUUUCUAUUGUGUGACAAGGUUCAAAAAGAUGACAUUGAAGUUCGCUUCUUUACUACUAACUGGGAGGCUAAAGGGUCGUUUUCCCAAGCUGAUGUCCAUCGGCAGGUUGCCAUUGUUUUUCGAACACCAGCAUAUUGCCAAACUAAUAUCACCGAGCCUGUAUCAGUGAAGAUGCAACUUCGCAGACCUUCGGAUCAAGAAGUCAGUCAGCCUAUGGAGUUCCGAUACCUGCCAGAUGAAAGAGAUAACUAUUUUUCUGAAAAAAGAAAGAGGACAGCAGAUGUUUUCCAAAAGAUAUUGCAGGAUUGGGCACCAGAUGUACAAUUGAGCCAAAACCGAGCAGACAAGAUCUCUGUUGGUUUACCUUCCAUGAGAAGACCGUAUCUACCCUCAAACGCAAUUAAACAAGAGCCUCACAAUCUAUUUUCUGGACUACAACAGAUGCAUGCAGCAUCAACGUCACAGCAGCAUUGCAAGAACCAAAAUCCUAACAUUUAUAACAGCACAGUUACUGCAAAUUCAAACCAGAUCUUCUCGUCUAGCCAGCCAACAAUAGUACCUGCGGCCAUAUCAACAGCUGGUGCUCAAAGCUGGUCUCAAAUGCCUGCAGAUUGCAAAAUGGAAUUGCACCUUCACCCAACGGGAAAUAGUAACGCAUUACCAGUGCUUGAUGAAGAUGUGCUGAAAUGUUUGGAACCACCUGACCAGAACUGUGUGUUACAAUCGGCGGGCUUUAGACAUGACACUGACAGCAAUGGCAUCGCAACUCAACAGAUCCAACAACCUGGUGUUUUCAGCAGAGCUGAUACUAUCGUCAGUCAAAGCCCUCGCAUUGGUAUGCAGAUGCUUUCCAAUAACUGCAUGAACCAUAAUGAGAUGCAUUUGGUAAAUACAAACUGCGAGCAAGCUGUGUCCAUGUCGGAUCUCUGGAAAUCAUCAAGUCAGCAACCAUCUUAUUCCAACCAGGGUGUUCAUUUGGCAAAUAAUACCAUGGGAAACAACGCUGCCAUCAAAACUGCUCAAGCAAAUUUGCAACUGCCUGUUAGCAUGCGUGUUAAUGGUGUCUUUGGAGAUUUGAACAAGGACCUGGCUUUCAAUGGAGGCAUGCAGAUAACGGACCUCAUGGCAAGUGAUUUAUACAGUGUUGAUGGAGCUGAAGGGAGUGAGUGUACAACCUCAAUCUCUGACCAUGUAGACCUGGAGUUCAUUAAUAAUGGAAACCUCUGGAGAUACUGAAUGUUUCUACUUCAAGCAAAUUCGAAACGAACGCUUGGGAAAAAACAGUUGCUGUCUACAGCGGGGAUUGAAUAUAGAUACAUUCCUCAGUCAUUUGUUUAUAUACACUGCAGUACAAAAGAACUGCUUUAUGCUUUGUCUCAUUUUUAACAUCUGGUUGAUUCUUUUUUUUAAUCAAUGAUCAUAAAUUUUAUGAUUGAUGCAACACAGCAUUUUAACGUGUGUUAAUCACACAUCAUCGCGGUUUUUUAGAAAAUGCACAAUAUCACUAUCUGACCUGUUGCAAUAUCCCUUGCUCAUGAAGUUCAAUGUGUUGAAAGAAUUGUCAGGCAGACGAAUCGUGAAGCUUGUCUCAGCCAAAAUGAUUUGAUACAGCCAGCUAGAGUAUGCCAGCAGACUUAAAAAUCUUACACCUGGUAUGUGCACAAUAUUGGAUAUUAUCUCAUGAACUGCUUCCCAGUUACCAAGGAAUGGAGGUUUACCAUUUGACUGUUUUAAAAAAAAUAUAUUCAUUGAAACCUGGGUUGUAUAAUUAUAAGCAAAAUCUUGUUUGAAGCUUUUAUCAUGGUUUUAACAGUUUUGUGGCCAACUUUACAUGCUGCUCCCAAUGUACUGCAGCUUGUAGGAUAUGAAAGAAACCUUGUUCAGUAAUAAUAAUUAUAAGAGAAAAUUAACUGGGAUUUUACAGAAUAUGAAUGUAUAAAUUUUCACCUUGGCUUUCUUGUGAUGUCCUAAGCAUUUGUAACGAGAGGACCUCUCUUCUCUCUCUCUCAGCAAACUGUGGGGAAUGAGAGUAUUUUGGUGGUGCAGAACAUGCAAAGUGUCGGUGUAAUCUGAGAAACUAAAAUACUGAAGGCUGUUCAAGAUUUGGCUGGUCACAACUUUCAGUAAGAAAUACAGGUUUUAGGUUGAAAUAGAAGCAGCAACAAUGAAACCAAAGGAAGAUGAUGAGGCCAGAAAGAGGAGAGAAAAUCUGAAAUGGAGUGACAGCCCAAACUUCAAAUGAAAAAUGAAAAAUAAUGCUGGCAAGGGAAAACAAUUCCAUGAAUUGUGAUUUGGCAAAUAAUAUGUUUCUCCCUCUUAAAUUCUC